AUGGAAAAGUCCCUAUUCCGCGCCAACGAACAAACACAGUAUCAAGACAUAGCAGAAGAGUUCCACGCGCCUGUGAACCUUGUCGUCUCCGAAAAACAAAAUGCAGUGGCGAUAGUCCUGUCUGCAGAUUAUGUCGAGAUACAAAUGCAACAUGUGUGUAUCCGCUUGCCAUCCGCGAAAAAACAAAUCGUAGUCCUGCACUUGCGAAUUAAGAGAAGAACAUACAUCACUGCGCCUGGUGUUAACUUCGCUUCAGACAGGAGCAGAAAACUGAAUCUUGGAAUUGCUUAG